GAAUGGAUUUGGUUUUGACCGUUGACCAUACGUCCAUAUGUCUCAUUGGGCAUACGGUUAGUCGGCCCGUUGUUGUGCAAUACUAUGUGUGUGUUCACUGGCUGGCGUGGUGAUACGUGCCAGCCUCGAGUUGCUGGAUGACGGCCUUCUUACGCAGGAGCAUCUCCACAUUGUACCGCAACCUCUCAUCAAAGGGCAGCGAGUCUGAAGCCACCCGCCGCAGACGAGAGGAAAGGAAGGACACCACACACACAGAGGGCUCAUGAACAGGCGCUGCUGGCCGGAUCUGUCUGGCUGUCUGUCUGGAAAUGUGAGGGAGUGGCUGAGACCGACCAUAUCUGGCGUUGAUGAAGUCGACCAUGAGUUUCCUCGUGAAGACGUUGCAGGCCUCCACACGAGUUGGGUCGAAUCGAGCCACCAGCAGAUUCACAUCGAGCAAACCCUGGACACGACACCAUUCCACCACCCAAUCAAUCAAUACGUACGCGCACAGUUUCACUCGUGUGUGUGUGAGAGGGCGUGUGGUCUGUCUGCAUCUGUCAGUCAUACAAGGAGGACGGGGUGGGAGAGGCCCAGGAUGUCCUGGUAGAGGAGAUGGGACCUGGCACACAGGUGCCGGAUGCUCUCACACAACUACAUACAUCCCAUCCAUCCGCACAUAGACAGACAGACAGACAGACAAAGAGAGAGACCAGCCAUACAUAACAACAUACAUACAUACCAACCAACAUACAUACGGUUCGUUCGUGUCCGCACGCGUGUACAGCCGCCUGACUGACUGACUGACUGACCAUCACUUCGAAUUGCACACGUGAGAGUGACCCCCGCAGCGGCUGCAUGAUGGGCAGGCUGAGGAACUCGUUCAUGCGCCACUCAAACUCGAGCACGUCCUGCACGCACUCACACACACACACACACACGUGUAGGGUAGGGAACCAACAGCAAUAGAUCAUUCAUUCAGCCCACCCACCGACCCCCCGCCCCGCCUGUGUGUGGUGGCUGGGCUGGCUGACCUUGGCGAGUGUGUUUCUGUGUAUGCGUUGCAGCCACUCCUUUCUGUACAGGUGUCUCUUCCGCUCCCGCCUGUCGGCCAUCGUGAACAUUCGGGGGCCCACCUCCUCGUCAUCGACCAUCUUGGGGUCCAGGUUGCUCUUAUCGACGUUCCCAUGCUCGUCGGUCUGCACCCAGCCAUCGCAACACCGCGCUUCGCACGCACCCGGCUGGUCACAUCCGUCCAUUGACUGCUACCUUAUGGUCAGGGAGUAUCCUGUACAGGUCGGUCUCCAAAUGGCUCUGGUCAGCCGCCAGCUUGCUGCAGUGCACCCACCCAUAUCAUACAGUAAGCAUAAAUCAUGCAUGGGUGCAGGAAGGCCCGGGGUCGAUAUCUAUUUACUUGAAUAUUCGCUUGAGCUGGUCGACGUUGCCGCCGACGAGUGUCCAGACGGCAUCGAACUGCUCCUCGCGCUCAAACAAACGGGGUAUCAUAAUGGACCUGACAGACACGUCUCACACACACACACACACACCCAAUGACGGACGCAUUCAUACAUAUGAUGCGGUAGGUGGAUUGGAUUGCUGGUGCGUCUGGUUGUGUGUCUGGCUCACUUGGCCAUUUCCAUGUCGAAGGGUUCCACUUCACACACCUCCAUCUUCUUGCUGGACGGCCAGGCUGUACGUGGUCCAUCAUCCCCCUUGUCGCCACCGGAUGACAUGUGCGAGGUGGCGUUGACCAGCGCAAGCGAGUCGCUCGUCUCAAACAGCAAGUGGAAAGUGCCACUGGCAGAACCCGCCGCCGGCUUCCGGCCGCCUGUGGUGGUGGGCCCGCUGCUGGUGUUGCUGGUGUUGCUGCUAUUGUUGUGGCAGAUGUCAUCUCGUGUUUGCUGCAGGGCUCUGACGAAGUUGGGCCCCUGCUGGUCCUGGUGCAGGAAGGGCGACCGAAACAGAGCUGCCGCGUUCUGAACUAUCACACUCACUGGCACCUGCAGACAGACAGACAGACAGACGUGCGUGGGAAUGACACACACACACCACAAGGCCCCAGCCUCAGCCAGCCAGUAAGGUGCUCACCCCCUGGACUGUCUUGAUGUAAUCGAGAACGGCGAACAGGUACCUCAUGACCUGAGGAAGUGCAACGAGAGCAACAAAGGGAUACACAAGACAGACAGUGGGGCUGGGCGAGGGACCCGUGGCUCUCCCUCCCUCCCUCCCUCCCUCCGUCCCCCCGGAUGAACCUGGAGGCUCUUGUUCAGGUAUGUAUCUGGGGCAGGCCGGCUGCCUUUGGCUGCUGCUGCCGCGUAGCCGCCCUCAGCGAGGGUGCGGAGGAUGAAUAUGCUGCUGGUGAAUGGGGAGGGGUCGGGGAGGGCACCGACGACAGCAGGGUAGUGCUGCUGGAUGAACGACACCAUCUCAGCCCAUGACUGACCACUGAAUGCACCCUGGACGGACACACGGAUCCAUGAGUGCAGGCAGUUGCAAACAAGCGAGCGGCAGUGGCGUCCCGUGCACAUACAUACACCUGCUGACCGAAUCGAUGACUUGGAUGAAUUGUCUGCAGCCUGUCGCCUGCUGCGUCGUGAGGGCCGCACUCGCCCCCCCUGGCAGAGACACAGACACCAUGUUCGUUCGCCUGAGUGACUGCAAGCAAGGCGGUGCCUACUCGCUGUGUUGAUGAGUUGCUCGAGGAGGGCCUUGACGGCUUGGGGGAAGUGGGGGUCGUGUCGACACACUGCAUCGUACACCCAAUCGCUGCAGUGCACACACACAAAUGCAAAGAAGGGCAGGAAGCACCUGACUGAGUUGUUUGUUGCCUUUCUGUCUGAGUAGCUUAGCUGUUCAUUGAGUACACUACCUACCAUGCCUCCAGUCCAUCGGUCUUUCUGAAGGUGUGUUGCAGCUGUGCCGCGAUGGACCUCUCAAGCGUGUCGAAGAAGGCCUGUCAGUCAGACCGUCCCACAUGCGUCACUCACUGCUCAUCCAUUCAGUCCUGGCACGGCACGCCACACUUACCCUGAAGUUCUUGUCCGCAUGGGGCGCACAGUCGAAUGUGAUGACCUGAACGAACGAAUGAAUGGACCACACAGCACAGCAGCAAACACAGAGAACAGGUCAAGCAGGUGUGUACCAAGGCAGAGGCAGGCAGGCACGUAUCACUCACGAGUGGUGUCUUGUUGAGCGGGGGUAUGGGUGUGUUGGUGCCUGGCAGUGCGUUGGGCACCCAUGACUGGGAGGGGGCCGUGAUGCUCUUGAUGGCGUAGUCUAUCGCCCACUUCUUGCCGCAACCCUGCGGACCAACCAACCACAUGCACCCUGGUGGACCACUCACACACAGAGACCCACGAAUGACGAAUGAAUGGAUGGAUGGCUCGGCCUGUGCUAUGUGUGACGCUUUGCUCGAGACCCUGCGUAUGCCGGUCUGUCUGUCUGUCUGUCUGUCUGUUCUGUCUGACCUGGUCCUGUGGUCCUGUUGGUGAUGAAGAGGUACAGUUUGGUCAGAAGGGUCUUUCUCAGCACUCGCGGCCAGGCGUCCAUCGGCAGCUCGUACACACCAGCCAUCGCAGGGAUGGGACCUGACGCGCGCACAGACAUCCGCACAGUGCAAGGCAAUCAGUGAAAACAACACAAGCAUCUCCCUCCGCGUGUAGGGGUGUGUGUGUGUGUGUGUGUGUGUGUGACCUGGCUGCCCAUGGACUGCAGCUGUGUUGGCCCUCGCUGCUGACGAGAACCUUCGGCUGCUCAGGUGUCCGCAUGAUGGCAGCACAAAAACCCUGACACCACCAGAGCCAACUAUGAGUCGCACUCAAAGAUCUGUGUCGUUUCACUCCUGACCUGCAACGGCAAUCCAAUUUCCUUGUCGGUAGCUGCGCCAUCGCACCCUUCCUUUCCCGGUGCUUUGAAAC